AUUACUUCUUCUUCUUCUUCUUACACUAUACAGUCUUAUCCCCCUUAUUCUUUCACUCACGGACGAUCUGUAAAACCCACCGACGCUCGCUAUUGUCCCCUGUCUCCUCAUCUCCAGGACUCCCCGCAUUAGACAGCCCUAUCGAAGCGGGAUCUGUAAAAUGCGAAUGCCUCGGCUGAUAUACUAAUCCAUCAGUCAACAAACCGAACUUUGACUGAACAACCCUCUGCGAAACGAAGAUCAAACCUCACUUUACACACAUGUAUUCGUUCAUGACGCCGUCCAUCUCAGCUCCCAACAAUGCCUGGACAGUUCCUGCACUAAACGAUCCCUCAUCCACCACGCCGUCAUCGGCUUUGGCUUCCUCUUCCUCGAGUUCGGCAGCGUUUGAUAUCCCAAUCUAUGCGAAUGCCGCUUAUUACCCGAAUUGGAGGAUAUACAAGAAACAGCCACCGUCCUCUUUGAGGCUGGGCUUUGUGUCUCAUGUGUUUUACGCUUUUGCUUGGGUCAAGGAAGAUGGACAAGUCUAUCUCAGCGAUGAGUGGGCAGACUCGCAAAUGCCAGUCGACGGAACCGAGGGCUGUCUCCGUGCCUUCACUCAGCUCAAGCAGCAAUAUCCGCAGUUGAAGGUCAUUUUAUCAAUAGGAGGUAGUGGUAAGGGCAGCGAGAACUUUGCAAAGGUAGCCAAAAGUCAGACGGCGGUUGCAAACUUUGCAUACAGUGCCCGCGCCUUGGUGGAUCAAUUCGGGCUGGAUGGGAUUGACGUCGAUUGGGAACAUCCCUCGGAUCUUCAGCAAGGCGAGAGUUUUGUUUAUCUGUUAUCACAACUACGGAUUGCUUUACCUAGUCCGCGGUAUAUUGUGACCUGCGCAUUACCAGCUGGAGAAUGGGCGUUGAAAUAUAUCAAUCUGACGGUGGCCCAGAAAUAUGUGGAUUUGUUCAUGAUCAUGUGUUAUGAUUUCUCGGGACCUUGGCUCGAUCGAACAGGACAUCAAUCUCAGUUGUACACGCCGCCCAAUCCAUGCAACGAAGCCGCUGCAAUUUCCUGCCAUUCCGCGGUUACAUACAUACUGAGUCAACGUGUCCAAUCCAAUAAGAUCCUGACGGGAAUUCCAGUCUAUGGAAGGUCCUUUGUUGGCGCCGACAACGUCAAUCAACCGUACACUGGUACGGAUGGAGAUGAUGGGGUAUUCGAUUACAGUGAUCUCCCUCGACCAGGCGCCAAAGAAGUCUACGACGAGUCCGCUGGAGCAGCAUACUGCGUUGGUGGAACGGAUGGGGGAUUCGUGUCGUACGAUACCCCGCAGACGGUUGAACAAAAGGCGAAGUUCGUGACCAGGUCGAGGCUCGGCGGGUUAUUUUAUUGGCAUAUCACAGCUGAUAAACGAGGAGCCAACAGUUUACUCGAAACAGGGUACAACACGCUACACGACUUUUAGCUGCUGGGGUGUACGAUGUAUACUACUGUAGUGAGGAGGGUUCUGUUCUUUCCAAAACAAAAGUUGUUCAUGCUAUUGUUAUAGUAUGGAGGUUUUGUGAAUCAAAAGCAUUUCAUGUGAUGAACAUGUAUGACACGACUGAGGUACUAAUAAGCAGAUGAAGACGAGUAGAGUUGUACGUACAUAAUAUGGACACCUACAUCUAUCUAAUCACAACCUUAAGGACAUAGGUAUCCAUGUAUUCUCCCUAAUAGUAUGCAUUUGUAGAUCACAAUUUAACUACGUAUAUAGACUGAAUAAAAAUACAUACAAGUGAAUAUAAACUUAUUACGACGAGUACAAUGCAGGUAUCACAGCUCUACUUCCCUACCCAAAUAGGAAAUAGGUAGGAUAUCCAAGCCGUAACCAAAAAACUCAAAAAUUGGACAGAAGAACAAAAGAAAACUACAAAACACCCGCCAACGCCCCCAAUCCUGAGUUAAUCAAUACCUGCGUAACAUUCAUCGUCGUCUCGAGGGGAUUCAUGGCCAACGCCCUGGAGUAAUACGGAAUCUCGACGCCGUUAUACACACUGGAAUUACCCAGGAUACUGAGCGGGAUGAUUCCCGAUGGGAAAGGGGCGUUUUUGCCUGAAACAAGGCCGAUGACUUGGGUUUGGUUUAUGGUUGAGCGUAAAGGGAUUGUGUUUGGACCGGGUCGGAGGGUGAGGUCGUUCAGGUAGGAUUGGCCGAUUUGGGUGUUGUUUACGGAGACGUCGAGGGUUACAUUU